CCAAGGUGUCUCUUCUCCUUUCACCCUUCUCUCGCUCCCCCCCCUCCCCCCUCAUCCCUGCCUCGCAGGAUAUCCACCAUGCGAUACCGAGCAUCGGCAUGCGCCCCGGCCGGGGCCUUGAUGUUGGUGCUACUGAUCUUUGCGGCCCUGGUGGCCAUGGCCACGCCGGUGGCCAACGCGGCCGACUGCGCGGUCGGGCAAUUCGCCGACACCGAGGGCAGCUGCCAGCCAUGCGACCCGUCAUGCACCUCGUGCGACGACGCCACGUCGUGCUUUGCCUGCCGGCCGGGGCUGAAGUUCCUUUCGCCGGACCCGACCAUGAGAAGCCUGUGCACGGCUAGCUGCCCCUUCGGCCAGUCUAUCGGUUCUCAAGGACGAUGUGCCCCCUGUCAGGCACCAUGCACCGACUGCACCGACAACCAGCAGUUGUGCUACACAUGCGGGCCAGGUUAUGGCUGGGAGGCGAAGGACCUGGAUGCCAGUCCACCGUCCCCGAAAGGGACGUUCACUUGCUACGAAUGCGACACAGAUUGCGUCACCUGCACGGGCCCCAGCUACCCGCCCAAGUGUCACUCUUGCACAGGGUCCGUCGGUCUGAGUGACAUGACCCGGUGUAAUGCAUACAACUUCAUGCCGUCAUGGUAUGACCCGGCUUCCAGGCGCUAUAUCCGCUGCCAUCCGUCGUGCGAAUCGUGCACCGGGCCCGGGCCGGACAGCUGCCUCACCUGCGUGUCGGGCUGGCGCUUGGAGGCGGGCGACGAUCGCGCGGGCACCUGCGUGUCGGAUUGCCCGGUGGGCAGCUACUUGCCGUCGGGAUCGGAGUCGUCUGAAUGCGCGGCGUGCCAUUCCAACUGCCGGACGUGCUUCGGUCCCAGCGCGAGCGAAUGCUUGUCGUGCCAUUCCCAGCGUCCGAGCAAGAACCGCCACUGUGUGGAAGCCUGUGGCACGGGCUUCUACCAAGUCGGCAGCGAAUGCUACAAGUGCCAUCCUUCGUGUGGCGAUUGCACCGGGCCGUCGCAUACCCAAUGUAUCGGCAGCUGCAACCCGCUGACCUUCCGCCUGUCGGUCGGCCAGGAGGAGCAGGACGAUGACGACCAGGCGGAGUUCACAUGCGUGACCAUGUGUCCGAAGGGCACCGGGCGCUCGUACGACCGGAAGUGCCUGCCCUGCGAGGCAAACUGCGACGCCUGCUGGGCCAGUAUUUCAUCUGGCUCCGGGGAUCGUAUGGAGUGCCGGAAGUGCAAGGACGGCUGGUUUUUGGACCCUUCAACUCGUGAAUGUGUGGCAGCAUGCCCGGACGGGACCACGGCCAUCGGGCCCGAGUGCAUGCUCUGCAGGCCGGGCUGUGCCGUAUGCUAUGGCGAGAGCCCCGGCAAGUGCAUCACCUGCCAGGAGGACCACCCGAUCCACUGGCAGGGCGACUGCCGGACCUCAUGCCCGGAGGGCUACCACGAGUCGGAGGGCACGUGCGUUGCCUGCUCUGGGUAUUGCAAGAGGUGCACCGGCACCGAGGCCGACCAGUGCACGGUUUGCAAGGAUGACGACCACCUCACCGUGGAUGGGUACUGUGUAUCGAUCUGUCCGAAGGGGCAGUUCCCGGCCUCGGACGCGUCCUGGGAAGGGACCCGGUGCCAGCCCUGCGGCGACCAGUGCGAGCGUUGCACCGAUGCAAACACCUGUAUCCAAUGCGCCCCGGGGAAAUUCAAAUAUCGGGAUGGCUGUCGCGAGGCGUGUCCCCCCUUGACGGUCAGCUGCGCCGGGGUCCUUUCAUGCCAUGACUGUGAGCCCGGUUGCGCCGACUGUGACAGCCAUCUGGUCGGACGUGACAAUUGUCAAGCCACCUGCAGCCGGUGCCAGUAUCCCCUGUUCUUCCGCCGAUCGACCGGCAAAUGCGUGGAGAACUGCUCGCCGACGGGCGUGAUUAAUGAAUUUAAGCCCAGAGAAUGCACCGAUUGCGCGCGGGCGUGUCGGACUUGCUCCGUCUAUUCCGACAGGUGCACAUCCUGCACGGAUCCGAACCUCUGGCUGAUUCCCCAUAUCGGGGACUGCAGGAAGGCGUGCCCGUAUGUCGGGUUUCACAAGCCCCCCGUGGGAGGUGGGUCCGGCACGGAUUCGCCGAAGGUGUGCCAUCAGUGCCCGCUGGGGUGUCUUGAGUGCGAGCUCCUUUCCGAAGACGUGUCUUGCUCGGUGUCGCCGGAGGAUGGGUCGCUGAGCUGCGACCUGGAAAGCCGGUGCUUGAAAUGCGAUCCCUCGCAGUUCAAGGUGGGCGAUGGCGAGGAAUGCACGUCUAUUUGUCCGGCGGGGACCUAUGCCAACCGGAGGAUGCGGCGGUGUGUGCCCUGCUCGGAGGAGUGCGCCGACGACUGCACCGGACAGGAGUUGCAGGAUUGCACCGUCCCCGGGGCCGGUGAUAAGAAGGCCUCCCAGCGCUUGGCCGUGGGCUUGGGCGUGGGCCUGGGCGUGCUGGCCCUGGUGGCCGUGGCCGGUGUGGUGGCCUUUUUCCUUCUGCGCCGGCGGGCGUCGCCCCCCGGCAAGGAAUCGCUCCCGAUGGACACCAUUCAGGACUGAAGGCACUUGGAUGGCGGACCGUUGGCCGGGGCUUCCUGGCGAAGGUCGGCCGCCUGUCUGGCAUCUGCCGCGGCAGGGUCACCUCCUGGCGGGCCGUGGCGAGAAUGUAUCCCCC